AUCCGCUAGUUGUGUAAUUGUAGGCUUGCGGUGGCGUUAAUGGCGCCCGGCGGUGUUCAUUCCGGUUGAUUGUGACUAGCUAGCCUGCUUCAAAUUUGUUUUCUUGUCGGUUUUCUUGAUCAACCAUAUAUAUGCAUGGCGUAUCGUAGAAGGCAUGGAAUUUCUAGGUCUUCGACGUUCAAGGAAGAACUCUAUCGUCCUCCUGAGGAUAAAACCACCUCCUCCGCUCCAUCCUCUCCUCUUGCCUCUCAGAUACGAACAUCUGAUGCUCAUCGUGACUCUUCUCUCUCCAGUUCAACGUUUAACACGUCUCUUCAACGCGGAUCCAAGGAGUUAAAUGAUCAAAAAGUGCAAGGGGGAACACUCACCAUUAAUGUGGACAAAAGAAGUCAUGAUAUUCAAGAUGCUAGUAAGAUGCAUAACAAGAUCAAAUCUGAAGCAACUGAUCAUAAAGAACUUGACACCGAAAAACAGUCACAAUCACAGGAGCAGUCGCAGGAGCAGGAGCCUGAAACACCGACCAAUCAUGAGGAUCAACUGAAGGCAUCUCGCGACGUGGCGAUUGCAACGGCUGCGAAAGCGAAACUUCUUUUUCGAGAGAUUAAAACUGUGAAAGCGGAUUUAGCUUUUGCAAAACAAAGAAGUUCUCAACUAGAAGAAGAAAAUAAAAUUCUUCGAGAGGCUCGUGAAAAAGGAGACCACCCUGCCGAUGAUGACAUGAUACGACUCCAACUUGAAACACUUUUAGCUGAGAAGGCACGUUUGGCUAAUGAGAACUCGGUAUAUGUUCGCGAGAAUAGCUGCUUGAGGGAAGUAAUUGAAUAUCAUAAACUAAGUAUGCAAGAUGUGGUGUAUUUGGAUGAAGGAAUUGAAGAGGUUGCUGAAGUUAAUCCUAGAGUUUCCAGGACACUUUCCGCACCCCCGUUUCCUUCAUCUCCUCAAAACAAAAAUCCCUUUACAACCAAGGAAACUGAAUUCCAAGAUGGCAGUCGUCGUGCAAAUUUGAAUUAGGAUUUUUUUUCUUUUAUAUUGAUAAAAUUUUGAAUAGAUAAAUGAUGUUUGUCUGGAG